UCCAGUUCACUUCUAAUUGCUCAGCUUAUUACAUGGGAGACGUCAAAAUGGAAGAACUUGAGUUAAUACACUGGGAUCUUUAUCGACGUUUAAAUAUACAGGAUCAUCGGACUAGUGACUAUCUCACACCUCACCUUGUUGUACGGCGAGGACAGUCAUUUUAUAUCUCUUGCUCAUUUAAUAGAGAAGUGAGGCCAGAAAAGGAUGUGCUUGACCUUUUUCUCGAGAUCGGUGACCCUUCAGUAAAAGCAACGUUUCUGGAGUAUAAAAUGCCAGUAUUCCAGACUUGUAAUAGUACUAGUUGGGAAGCCAACUGUAUAAACAUGCUUGGUACUUCUAUGACCAUUGCUGUACAUGCUUCAAGACGUGCGGUUGUUGGACGAUACAAAUUAUUUUUGAAAAUUCUAAACGAAGCAGGAAAUGGAAAUAAACAAAUUCUUGGAUAUGUCUAUAUUCUCUUUAAUCCUUGGGUGCAAGGUGACGAGGUAUUCAUGCCCAUUGAAGAGGAAAGAAGAGAAUAUGUACUAAAUGAUACUGGACUAAUUUUAUAUGGCCAUGAACCAAUCAUUAACAGUAGACCAUGGGACUUUGGACAGUUUGAAGAGGACAUUUUGGAUAUAAUUUUCUCUCUUUAUGACCAGAGUUUGGAUGUAAAAAGGGAUCCUGAGCAGGAGCUAAUAAGGAGAUCUUGCGCUGAAUAUGUCAGCAGAACAUUAUGUGGUAUGGUUAACCAUCACAAUGAGAAUAGCAUUCUUCUAGGAAACUGGACUGGGGACUACAAGAAUGGUGUGAGUCCUACAACAUGGAAUGGAAGUGUCCCAAUUCUCCGUAGCUGGCGUCAGAAUGGACCAGUCUCAUUUGGGCAGUGUUGGGUGUCUGCAGGAGUACUUUGCACGAUGCUCCGAUGUCUGGGCAUUCCAACUCGCCUUGUCACAAUCUUUGAUGCAGCUCGCCACACUGAUAAGCAGUUUCGUAUUGCUCGUGUUUUUAGCGAAAGUGCAAGACCCAUGCCAGAAAAGUCUCCUGGUUUGUGGUGUUUCCAUACAUUGACUGAAAUGUGGAUGAGGAGACCCGAUAUCCAUGAUCACAGUGAUUGGCAAGUCCUGGAUACAGAUUCAGGGGCAUCUUAUAAAGGUAUACAUCGCCUUGGACCUGCUUCCCUUAUAGUGAUUAAAGAGGGUUUUCUAACCCUGGAUACUGAUGCCACCAUUUUUUUCGCUGAACUUAACUGCCAAAUUUAUGAACAGAUUUUUAGAUAUAAUACGUCGAAACCGAAAGGUUACACAAACUUUCACCCAGCCGGAAAGUUCGUUGGCACGAAGGCCUUGGGUGUCAUUGCCAUUGCUGAUGUGACAGAUGCCCACAAAUAUGCUGCAGGGACUCCAAAAGCAAGAGAAAUAUUGACAAAGGCUCAGAAUAUCGUGUUAAGAAAACAAUCUUUAAUGUCCACAGCACGAGAAUCUAUUGAGAAUCCUGAAAAUCUAGCACCAAAACCAGACUUCACGGGUAAUUUUGAACCGGGUCAACCAUCACAAGUUGGAGAGGAUUUUACCACCACACUUAUCCUUAAAAACACAAAUGAUGAAACAAAAGUUAUUGAAGUCAAUCUGAGAGUGCACACAAUGGUCUAUACCAGGGCACCACUGAAAGACAUCCUAAUUGAAACCCGGUCUAUUAGUCUGGGACCUAAUGAAGAAAAGAAAAUGCCAUACACCAUUACGUAUUCUCAAUAUAAAAAUGUUCUCAAAAAUGACAACUUGAUACGAUUUGUGGCAGUGUGCUUUGACGACAAAGAAGGGUCUUUAGUGACUCAAUCAGUGGUAACACUGUCCAAACCUCGCCUGUUGAUAAAGGUCUGUGGAAAUCCUGUUUUUAAUACGCCUUUAAAUGUUGAGAUCAUAUUUUCCAACCCACUCAACGAGGAUAUUUCAAACGGUCAUCUUGUAGUGGAAGGCAGUGGUCUGCUGAGAAAACCAGUUGCAUUAUAUUUGCCGAUUGUGAAGUCCAAACAGACAUGCGUAACAAUGGUCACUCUUCUCCCUUACAGAGCUGGUCCAAGAAUGCUCAUGGUGAAUUUCAACUCUUUUGAAUUCUAUGACAUUAAGUCCUUCAUGGAAAUUACUAUACCUCCAUUACAUAUACAUUAA